AUGCAAUCCACGUCGCUCGAGCUUUGGGUCCUUUUGCUAACUAUUUCAUUCAAAUUCGCCGGAGCACAAGUGAUCACCGCCACUGCCGCUUCAUAUGCACCCAUCCUGACUCAAUGUCCUCCAAAUACCACCCUCCUUCGACUGGCCGGAUCAGCUGGCUCCUCCAAUCAGACUUUGUGUGAUGAAGAAAUGGCGUUUCGACAAGGCCGCCAAGCCCUCACCGCUCCAUUAUGGCAGUCCUUUUAUACCACUGGGCCAGGAUCACAGACUGGCUACUCUUACAUCUUUGAGCAAGAAUCUUUUGAAUAUCCCACUCUAGCCUUGGCCCAUUCAGGCGGUGGCCUUCGAGCCGCUUUAUAUGGUGCCGGAGUCCUCCAAGCAAUGGAUUCGCGCACAUCUGACAGCCCAUUAGCUGGUAUAUCUCAGCUGGCCAUGUAUCAAUCUGCUUUGAGUGGUGGAUCGUGGCUAACGAUUUCUUCAGCCAUGAAUGGGUAUCCCGAGAUGAAGCAGCUCGUCGCAAGCUGGUUAUUGUCACGCGACCUUUUCCUACCUGGUGGAGCCAAUGCGAUAGAUGAUGCGAGAUAUCUGGACGCAUUGUUUGCCAAUGCUGAGUUGAAAAAAAAGGCUGGUUUUGAAGUUUCUAUAACUGACGUUUGGGCGCGUGCAUUAUCACAUCACUUUAUGCCCGGGACAACAACAAAUAACUUCUACGAUAGUUCUUCCCCUACUGCCAAUGGGGCAGGUAUACUUUUCUCGGCACUCAAAGACUCACCCGACUUCCAAGCAUUCAAAAAUCCGUAUCCCAUCAUUGUCAGCAAUCAACAACCUCCCCCGGGAUCAGACACACCUACACCGGGUAACAUAGUUCCACUGUCAACUACAGUAUUUGAAACUACAGUCCACGAAUUCGGAAGUUUCGACCCUUACCUGAGUGCUCACAUCCCUACUCAAUAUUUGGGUACCCCCCUUGACAGUGGAAAACCAUUGAAAGGGACAUGUACCAUUGGGUUCGACCAAGCAAGCUUUGUUAUUGGGACCUCAUCUUCAAUAUUCGAUGCCAUCACUGGGUCAAUUGUCGGGUCAAUUGUAGGAAAAAUUCCAAUGUCCAAACUUGCUCUUCUCAAGUUGUUAGGCAGCCGAUUGACCAAUACGUCAGACCUUGGUGUAGUGGAUACCGCACAAUAUCCAAACCCUUUCAAAGGCGUUAAUGGACCAGCGGGCUUUGAUCAGACAAAGGCUGAUAAGCUUGACUUGGUUGACGGGGUGCAAAAUGGGGAAAAUAUACCAAUAAACCCGCUGCUUGCUCGAGGGGUCGACGUCAUCUUGGCAGCCGAUGCCUCUGCAGAUACUGAUGCGAGCUCACCCAUUGGCUCCCAGUGGCCAAAUGGAACUGCAUUAAUCGCGACUUUUACUCGAGUAACCAGCGUGCUUCCAAAAGGAUCGGCUAGUUUUCCACCUAUCCCAACAAACCCCCAAGAAUGGCUUGAAAAAGGUUAUGCCACCCGGCCAACCUUUUUUGGAUGCAGUUCUCCAUCUCGUACCGGCAACGGAGGUUAUCCUUUGGUUGUCUAUCUUCCAAACAGUCCAUUUUCACAGUCUACUACUGGUUCUUUUACCAACACUUCAACUUUGAAACUGAGAUAUACAGACGAGGAGACUACCACUUUCCUUGCAUCGGCUACUUCAGUCACCACGUCACCAGUUCUCGAUGGCUCCAUUGAUCAAGAAUGGCCGACCUGUUUAUCCUGCGCAAUGCUUGAACGAGCGCGGAAUCGACUAACUAACAAGGUUCCUCGAUCCGAUAUCUGCAAACAAUGUUUUCAAAGGUAUUGUUAUCCAGAUGGAGUGGAUGAAGGCUAUUUCUGA